GUUCGAUCAGCACGUGUGCGCCGUUUUCUUCGUCCGUCUUCUUUCUUCGGCGCAAGGAGCUCGAGCCUCGUUCAGUGCGAACGUCUGGAUGCACAGGUUCUGUGCAUCUCACACGUUCCCUACCCUGCCAAGGGCCAAAACAGACAUUCGUUUGCAUCGACCCUAUCACACAACGCCACGAAAUUGCCCUCGCCUGAUGAGCGAGUGAACGGGCCGUAGAGAAAGUGAGAGAGAGAUGACCCGGGGAGACAGACAAACAUCCAUUCAGAGGUGCAACGAGUUUCAGCCCUUGCAGCCUUUCGGAGACAAUAGCAGUGCUCGUUUCUUUCACACCGGGGCGGCGGAAGCAGCCGAAGGCCAUCAGGAGCUUAUCAGCGGGAGACAGAUCGCUGGGCGCGCGCGGGGGUUCUAAGCCCGGGAUGGAUCAGCUUCGCCCACAACAAGCCGCAUGCAUCAGACCCCCACAGAUGAACCCCAAAAUGCCCGUCAGUGACCGUGACCUAUUGUCCCCUGCCAACUGGGGCGUCUUUUUCCCAGGGCUCAUAUGCGUGCCCAAGCUUGUUUCAGGCAGCCCCAUGGAUUUGGGGCGUCACUGGAACAAGCGGCGCGUGCGGAAGGACGUCGUACCCUGCCCGCGCCAAAGUGGAAGCCAUGCGUGCUAUAAGCUCUCCUUUGUGGAAGAGGGCCUCGCGAAUCAGGGUUGACAGCGGAGUUUGCAGCGCACCCGAUGCGAUGCUGAGUUCGAAACCGAGGGACGACAGAGUUGUUGUUUCGAUAUGGCCCACGGGCCCCGGAAAUACAUAUAUAAAGACAGCGAGAGGAACAUCCUCGGUUUUCAGUUCGGAUUGGCUGGCCUCUCUUCGCGGUCAAGAACGCGUUCCCUAUCAUAUCACGUCUCCCCUUCCCUCCCCUGCCCUUGCCAAGUUCGCCAUGGGUCUCGGCAUCCGCAACGAAAAGAGCAGCGGCGACCUCGACCUCGACCUCAACCGGUUCCUGCCCCCCGAGCUCUACACGUCACUCAAGCUCGGGGUGUGGCGGCUGGUCAUGGAGAAGGACGCGGGCGACGCGUCGAGCCUGCUGCACCUUCCCGGAAUCAAUAAAAUACGUGACGUCAUCGCUGCGAUCCCCAUGCUCGUCCGCUUCUUCCUCGAAAUAUACGCGCUCUGCCCGCAUCUCAUGCUCGUUUACAUCCUCCUCCGGGUCUGGGGUGGUCUGGAAACCGUGGUCAUGCUGUAUUCGUCGACGAGAGUCCUGCAGAGCAUUGAGCUUGGGCUCAGGACCGGCAAGCCCGACCUGCGAGCCAUCGGGACAGCGGUUGCGCUGCGCGUCGCGGGUGUCACUUUGAGCGCCGUAAUGAAGUGGGCGAGAGAUUGCAUUCUGCCCGUUCUCAAGUCUAAAGUGGACAUCCAUUUCGAGGAUACUCUGCUCCAAGCUAGUCUGCGCCGAGACCUUCCCACCUCACUUGCAAAUGAACACAAGGGUGAACCCGAUGCGGAGAAUGGAUGGAGGGCCUACGAGACUUUGCUAUACUCGUCGCAGCGGAUUCUGCGUCUGGUGAUCCAACUGCUCUUCAUUUCAUCGCAGGAGUGCGGGGGAAUCGCCUUCUCAAUUGCCAUCCUCGCGUCACCCAUCGCCAGCUUCCUCACCACCCGCAAUCUCGUCCUCAAGCCGCACAUCGUGUUCUCCGAUAACGAAGAUUACAUCCGCAUGCGCGCGCUCAAGUCGAUGGCUGCGCUGCCCUUCCGUGAGCAGAUCAUCUCUGAGAACCUGGUGGAUUGGAUAUGGGGAGAGUACAAGAAAGCACGAAACAUUCUCGGAUCUGCGGCCGCAGAGGAUGUCUAUCACCUGCACGACCGUCGGCCGACCCCCAUUGCGAACAUCUCCCGUGAAUGGGCUGGUGAACUGCCUACUCUUUUCUGGGCAUUCUCCGCGGUCAUGCAGCCGCGGAGUGUCUCGAUGACUUCGAUCGCGAUCAUGCAGCAGUAUGCGACGAGCCUGAGCUACUCCCUCGAGCUGCUCAUGUACGAUUUGCGGCAAAUCGGAAAGGCACUCAGGGACAUCGCGGCGUUGUACGAGGCGGCGGACGUCCGGAAUGAACUCGUCGACGGCGAGUUGGCGUAUCCCGGCGCGGAGCGCCACUCUUCGGAGGGAAUGGACGUCGAAUUCAGGAACGUGACAUUUGCCUAUGCCGGCACCAAGUCAAUCAGACCCGCCCUAGUCGAUGUCUCGUUUCGUAUCCCGGCGGGCAGUCUAGCGGUCAUCGUCGGCACGAACGGAAGCGGCAAGUCCACCGCCGUGAAGCUUCUCACUCGCCUCUUCGAUCCUGUCUCCGGCACUAUCCUCGUCGACGGAACCCCGGUCCAGAAGUACCGCCUUUCUGAUCUGCGAGAAGCACAUGCCACCCUGAUGCAGACAUACCGGAUGUACCCGCUCUCGAUCGCAGACAACAUCGGCCUGGGCCGUGUCGAGACCAUGGACGACGAGGACGCGGUGAUCGAUGCAGCCCGGAACGGGUGCGCCGUGGACGUGCUGAGUAAGUUCAAGCACGGCCUGCACACGACGCUCGAGCCGCCCUCGACAUCGCAUGGCUAUCAGAUCAAUCAUGAUUCCCAUUCGGGCCUGGGAUCAUACUUGACGAAUUUGGAAAAAACGGUCGAUGUCUCUGGAGGCGAGCGACAGCGACUGGUCGCCUCGCGGAUCUUCAUGCGACUCCGCUCAGAAAAGAUUAAGCUCGUCGCCGUCGACGAGCCGUCCAGCGCCCUGGACGCAAAAUGCGAGUACGAUCUGUUCAAGCACCUCCGACGCGCUGGACGCGGCAAGACGAUCGUCUGUGUAACGCACCGUUUCGGCCAUCUGACGAGAAACGCAGAUGUCGUGAUAUGCAUGAAGGACGGGCGGGUCGUCGAGACAGGCACGCAUGACCAGUUGAUGGCGCGUGAUGGCGAGUAUGCAUCUCUCUAUCGGGUGCAGGCUCAGGCGUUUGCGGGGACAGAGUCGCCCUCGCCGUAGCCGUGUGGCUUAUCUGGGUUUAUUCUAGCUCUCAGGGAUCGUACUUACUGUAAACCAGGACUUGUCGUGUAUUUAUGUUUAAAUAAUAUUUCUGCCAAUUCAAUCGAUCACAAAGUUUGCUCGUUCUAGCUUGAUUUUCCUUUGGAACUCUGCAUCGGAGUCUAACAGUCUGAUCGUACUAGGGGAGGCAUCGACCGUGGAUGCUGUUGCCGCCUUCUGAGAGGGGUGAAUGCUAUGAUGAGAUGUUUCUGGAACUCUAUGACUGGAAUGGAUGGGACUGAGUUGAUUUCCUAAUUGAACUGCUUCUCCCGAUGCGCAAGUCGGCGAGCAGACGUCACGGGAGAACAUUCACCACUAAAUCGGUGAUGCGCCCGAGUGUGUGAAACCAACCUGUCUCGGACGAAGCUUCGCCGCAGGCGUGAUGCGCCCCAUUUGUUUUUAGCACAACAUAUAUUCAGUCAGAGUCUGUUUCCGGACUGCGCCGCUGGCUGCAUCUGCGCGAUCUACAUCUGGAUGGCAAGCUUUCACGCCCGAGAAUAUGCAUUGCAUCGCGAUACAGCCCGAGCCUCCCCAAGCUAGUAUGCGAGGGGACUAAACCGGCAACUAUUCAUAAGACCCCAUGGAAUGGACUGGGGUACCCCGAGGUUCUCUUCCAUCCGACCCUCUUCUGGGCCCGUGAGACUAUCUUAUCGAGCGAUUUGUCGGCUUCUGCAGGUUGACUUCGAGGCUUCGAUAGCUUCACGCUUAUCGCCUGAGAACCCAGCCUGCCCGACUCCCCGAGGAACUCGGUCUCCAGGGUAAUCGAGGCUCAGUGGAGCUCUG